GGUAAAAACAUGUGCAAUUAACGGAGAAAGAGCUGCUCGCGGUGGUGUUUGCCUUCGAUAAAUUUCGUCCUUAUCUGGUCUUGUCCCAUGUGAUUGUGUAUACUGAUCACUCCGCAAUUAGAUACUUGAUGAGCAAGGCUAUGCCAAGCCUAGGCUCAUACGAUGGAUCUUACUGCUGCAGGAGUUUGACAUUGAGAUUCGGGACAUGAAGGGAGCAGAGAAUGUUGCUGCCGAUCACCUCUCCCGGUUGGACCCAACCCCUGCGGAAAACCUCGAGGAGGAGAUCAAUGACUCCUUUCCAGAUGAGAGACUGCUGAUGAUGUGCCUGGUGGAGAGUGUCACCCCCUGGUAUUCUGAUUUUGCAAAUUAUCUUGUGGGCGAGCAGCUGCCCAAGGGGAUGACAACUCACGCCAAGAGGAAGUUCUUCUCCAACCUGAAGUACUACUUCUGGGAUGACCCCCAUCUCUUCAGGAUCGGAGCCGACGGGAUCAUCCGUCGAUGUGUUAUGGAGAGUGAGAUUGAGAGCAUUCUAUCUCACUGUCAUGAAGGACUUGCUGGUGGUCACCACGGAGGAAACCGCACGGCGAGGAAGGUUCUCCAGUCGGGCUUCUACUGGCCCACGCUCUUCAAGGACGCAGACGCCUUCGCACGCAGGUGCGACCGAUGCCAGAGGUUAGGUAACAUCUCGGCCCGUGAUGAGAUGCCCCAGAAUGUGUUUAUUACUUGUGAGAUUUUUGAUGUCUGGGGUAUCGACUUCAUGGGCCCCUUCCCUCCAUCCUUUGGUAAUACAUAUAUCCUUGUUGCUGUUGACUACGUCUCUAGGUGGGCUGAGGCGCAAGCUUUGCCCACCAAUGAUGCUAGACGUGUUUGUGGUUUUCUGAAGCAGCUAUUCUCCCGGUUCGGGACACCUAGAGCAAUCAUAAGCGACCGAGGCACCCAUUUCCAGGGUCAGUUCGAUAAAUUGUUGUCUCGCUAUGUUGUAACUCAUAAGGUGUCCGUGGCCUAUCAUCCUCAAACCAGUGGCCAGGCCGAGCUGACGAACCGGGAGCUCAAGCGGAUCUUGGAGAAGACGGUGAACCUAUCCCGCAAGAAUUGGUCCACCAAGCUCGAUGAUGCUCUGUGGGCAUAUCGCACUGCCUACAAGACGCCCAUUGGUACCUCACCGUACCGGCUUGUCUAUGGAAAGGCUUGCCAUUUGCCCGUGGAGCUAGAGCACAAGGCCUUCUGGGCCCUUAAGCUGCUAAACUUGGAUGUUAGUGUUGCAGGUGUUGAGCGAAAAAUGCAUAUGUUGGAGCUGGAAGAGUGGCGUUAUCACGCCUAUGAGAACACCAAGCUGUACAAGGAGCGCACUAAGCGCCUGCACGAUGCAUGUUGCGGGGUCCGAAAGAGUUCCAGGUUGGUGAUCGAGUUCUCCUUUAUAACUCUCGCCUGAAGCUCUUUCCCGGAAAACUCCGUUCCCGGUGGUCUGGACCGUACACGGUCACACAGGUGUUCCCGUAUGGCACCAUUGAAAUUGCUAACCCGCAAACUGAGCCGUUUAAAGUGAAUGGCCAUCGUCUCAAGCUAUACCUGGGAGACGAGGUCGAACGUGCGGAGUUAGCAGUGGAGCUCGCGGACCCUUAGUUCCGCAAUUGGCGUCCAUCUAAAAGACGGUAAAGAAGCGGUUGUGGGGAGGCAACCCCACCACGGUUUGAUUUUCUUUCUUGUGUUUUGAGUCGGAUUGUAAACCAAUUUGGUUUUGGUUUGUUUUCUUUUGUUUUGGAUGAUGUUUUAUUGGGCUGACCAUUGGACCUAACAUAUUGUGUUUGAGCUCUUUGGUUUCCUUUGGCUGUGCUUGUCUUGACUGGUACUCUCUCCAGUCCGCUUCCAGUCUCCUGCAGUCCGUGCAUACCGGUAACAUCUUUCCCUUUCCCUUCCCUCUUCUCCAUUCAGGGCAAUGUCGAUCUUAAGUGUGGGAUGUUUAUCUUUUGACUGCAUUAGAUCUGUUUUUGUGCUUGGAGCCUAGUCCACUGUCCAAAUUUUUAAAUUUGAGGGCUCCAAGUACGUGUUUCCGUGCAAUUGCCUGCUCAGUAUGCUUUGAAUUGACAGUCUUUAUAGUAAUAUGCAACCUAGGGAGGUAGUGUAGCACUAUGGAGGAUGUUGAUGCAUUUUAGAAGUCUCAUUUCUUCUUCAUAUUGUGUUGGUUGAUUGAGUGAAUUAGUGAUUUUAGGACCCUUGAAUUGUGUGAUGUUGUGGAUUCUCUACCUGCCAUGGACUCUUGUAUCAUGUUUUGAGUUUAACAGGUGCUCGAAAAUGUGCUUCAAAAUAACGUCUCCCGUGCGAAUAGGGCGAAAGUGUGUAAGGGGAGACGGGAAUUCGUUCCCAAUUUCCACCUACUACCUCCAGCCCCCUUACAUGUCUUUCCCCCGCACGAGGCUCGAGACAUCCGCUCCUGGCAUGGCCGGUAAGAGCAGGUUGGGACCCUUGAAAGAAAAAAAAAGAAAAAAAAAAAAACAGAAAACAAGCAAAACAGAAAGAAAAGGGGUUCCAACCAUCUUCAAGAAGAAAAUAGAGCACCUUGAAAAAUGUGAGUCCAUGAUCCUUUGUUUUUUAGAAUCUCUUCAUCCACAAUUCAUUUGUCCUCUGUUCACUGUUUGCCAUGAUGCCGGCUCGAUACUAGUGCUCUCGCCGAAGAAGCUAUGAGAUGACUUAUGCGUCGGUUGACCUCGUAAGUUGCUAAAUGAUCUAGGAAGUCCUCUACCUACGAUCUGGGUUGUUUGUUGCUAUAGAGGUCUGGAGAGUUGCAUUGGUUUGAGUUAGGUUUCCUUGGGGACAAGCAAACGGUUAAGUGUGGGGGAGUUUGAUAGACCGUUAAUUACACAUGUUUUCACCUCUGUUCUUACACCGUUCGAGAUGUGGUUUCUCGUGUUUUAGACCGAUUUCAUGCUAGGUUGUGCUUGUUUGUGAUAUUUCAGGUCCUGGCAAGUGAAUGAAGGUUUAGGAGCGAGUUCGGGGUCGAUUGAGCGAAGAUCGGGCGCGAGACAAGUCACAAAGGAGGUCACACGGGCACACCCACAACUCACACGGCCGUGCAAGUGACCACUUUGGCCGUGCGAGUUUCGCCGAGAGCAAACACGGGCAGAUGGAAAUCUCACGUGCGACCCUGGCCGUGUGAGAAGCCUGAAGAUCGAACUAAUUGGAACGCAGCGUUUUGACUCACACGGGCAACUGGGUAAGCCACACGGCCGUGCCACCCUGGCCGUGUGAGUCGGGAUUUUCUGCUUUUAAGCAGAUUUUCAGCCACAAGUCGAGUGGAUUCGAGUUUUUGAGAGAGAGAACGAUUCCUAGAGAGAGAAAGCGACGAACAAGAGUCUCCAAGUGCCCUAGAUUGAUCUUUAACACCAUUGGAGGCCAGUUUGAGCUUGGAGAAGUGCCGAUCAACGUCCAGAAGCAGGAAUCCAUCCUUCACAGUAUGAAUUCCGCGUCUGAUUCUGCUUUUGCUUUUUUCUCCAUGGAGUAGUUCUCCCAUUCAUUUGGGUAUGGAGAACCCUAGAUUUGUAUGUUAGGCUUUGAUUGUAUGAACCCAAGUACUGAUUCUAUGAUUGAUUAUAUUCGAUUGAGGUUUGAAUGAUUGAAUGACUUGAAUCCUGAUCAAAUUCCUGUUGUUUCUGCUUUAACCUAGAAUGAGAAUAUCUGCCUAGGUUGAUAGAGCAUCCUUGAUUGAAGGUAGGGAGUUGGUGACUUUAGUCGAGGAGCCAACUCACUAUUCUGUACCGGAUUUACUCCGGUAGUGGAGGUUUUGUUUGUUAAGGCCUCAAUCUGUUUACUCCGGUGGAGGUUAGUCGCCCGCUAGAGACUCAGAUUGAGAGGGUCUGAAGACCUUAAGUCGAGACUUCAGACUGUUAAAGAACCUUCCGCAGUAUAACUAUCAUAGAAACUGAACUUGGUAAUUACAAUCCGGCUUAACUGCAGUCUAGGGGGAACCAUAUCUGGGUGACCUCUCUUAACUUGAAUACAAUCGUUUGUUUGGU